AAACAAAGCCCCUGAUGGAACCGAAAACCGUAGAGCUUUUAAAUAAAACUGAUCUAAACCCUACUGUUUCACUCCCCCAUUUUCAGUUCGAUAAUCGAGAGUUCCUCUCUCUCUCUCUCUCUCGCCAUUGAAACCCUUUGGUGAUUAUUAUCCAGCGAAAGGGUCAGCCAAUCAGACCAAAGAAUCAGAAAAAAAAGAAAAAGGAAAGUAAAAUGCAGCCGUCAUUUGAAGAUUUUGUUGCAAUGGAUGCCAUGUCACCAAAUUCACAACGCCGGCCAUUUUCAAUCAAGCUGUGGCCUCCGAGCCUGAACACACGACUAAUGCUUGUGGAUAGAAUCACCAACAAUCUUUCCAGCCAAUCCAUUUUCACUCAGAAAUAUGGCAGUUUGAGCAAGGAAGAGGCUGCAGAGAACGCUAAACAAAUUGAAGAUGCAGCUUUUGCCUCCGCAAAUCAACACUACGAAAAGGAGCCCGAUGGUGAUGGAAGUUCUGCAGUGCAGCUUUAUGCCAAGGAAUGCAGUAAGCAAAUCCUCGAAGUUCUUAAAAGAGGCCCUAGAGCCAUAGAGGACGGAGAAGUGAUCAAAGUUGAGAAAGUUACCAGGGCCAAUGAAACCUUUUUCGACAUAUCCAAAGGUCAGCGGGCGUUCAUUGGAGCAGAGGAGGCUCAGGAGCUUUUACGGCCGUUAAAGGAGCCCGGAAAUUCUUACACUAAAAUAUGCUUCAGCAAUAGAAGCUUUGGCUUGGAUGCGGCUUAUGUUGCAGAACCCAUCUUGAAAUCUCUCAAGGAUCAAUUGCAAGAAGUUGAUCUGUCAGAUUUUAUUGCAGGAAGGUCCGAGGAUGAAGCUCUUGACAUCAUGAAUAUAUUCUCAGCUGCCCUGGAAGGUUGUGUUUUGAAGUCUCUGAAUCUUUCAAAUAACGCUUUGGGUGAGAAAGGUGUUAGGGCAUUCGAGAAACUUCUGAAAUCACAGAGUAGCCUCGAGGAACUCUAUUUAAUGAACAACGGUAUCUCAAAGGAAGCUGCACGGGCCAUUUGUGAAUUAAUCCCUUCCACCGAGAAGCUUAGGGUUCUCCAAUUUCAUAAUAAUAUGACCGGAGAUGAAGGGGCCAUAGCUAUUUCUGAAGUUGUGAGGUGCUCUCCUUUGUUGGAGGAUUUCCGAUGCUCCUCUACAAGGGUAGAGUCUGAAGGAGGAAUCGCUUUGUCCAAAGCACUUUUGACGUGA